AUGAUAGCAAAUAUUGUGUCUCUUAUAUCAAGCUUUUAAUGUGAGGAUUUUAGUUCAAUUGCAUUAAAUUCCUUUAUCAUUAUUUUUUCGUUUUUUCUUUAUUCAAAAACAAUAUCCUUUUUAGAUUUAAAAACUAAAGAGAUCAUACUUCUCUAACAUCAAUAUCACUUGAUCAAUAAAAUAUUGAAGAUUUUUAUAUUUUUUAAAAUUCAAUUGCUACCUUUAUAUCUUAAAAUAGAAAUUUAAAAUAAAAACUUUGUGUAAAUAGAGUGAAAGAAAUCUUGAAAAUACCUUGUUUUAAGCAUCAAGGAUAUUAUUUACUAUAAGAGACAACUUAAUAUUUUUUUGAUACCAGAUUGCACUCUCUAUAAGAGCAAUAAAAUUUAGAAAAAAUUUAGAAAUUAAUUCAUAUUAAUAAAGUAAAACAUAACUGUUAUAUAGGAAGAAAAUAACCAGAAUAUCUACUUACAAAAUUGGAUAUCAACUAAUAAAUAAACAAUUAUUUUUUUUAAUUUAGUCAAUAAGAUGCAAUUUUUUUCACUAAGGAACUUAAGGAAAUUUAAUAAAAGAUCCUAGAAAUGCAAACCACUUUAACAAAACUAUUUUAGGAACUUAAAUUAUUUGCUUAUAAAAAGCAAGAUUGAUAAUAAAAAUCAGAGGUGAUUUAUAUUCAGUAUUAAUUUGUUAUAUCAAGAUCAUUAAACUUGACCAAUUAAAGGAAAAUAAUAGUAGUUUGAAUUAAUUAGUUGAUACAAUAAAUCCUUAAGCUAUUGAAAAAAGUGAAUAAAACUUACGUCAGUAUAUACAAGUUUAAUUUAAAAUAAUGGGGCUGAUUUAAAUAAAAAACUUCGUCGUGUUUUAGAUUAGAAACAUAAUCAAGUUAAGGAUUUGAAAGAAGAGAAAUUUCUAUAAUUUAAAAAAUUUGGCUAAUUAUAUCAAAAAAUUUCAGAAUGGCAUUUUAAUUUAAAUAAAUGGAUAAAUACAAAACUAUAGAUAAUGAUUUAAACUAACUUAUUGAAAUCAUAAUAUUUAUCAAAAAUAUAAGAUAAUAUUUAGAUUAAACAGGUAAAAAAUAUCAAAAGCUUAAUUAAUUUAUUAAGGAGCUAUAGAGGGCUUAAAUGCAGAAAUUUUUUUGAGAAAGUAAAUGGUAACAGCAAUUUGUUGUUUUUAUUUAAAUCUAUCAAAGAGCCUAUACUACUUGCAAAUGGGUUAAAGUGGAUGUUAAUUAUAAAUAUUUUCCAAAUGAUUCAUGUUCUUCAUUUUUGUUCUCAUAAACUCAUGAUUAAAUUUAUUCUUUGAAAUAAGAGAGUAAAUAAUACGCCAUCUGCUGUCAUUAGGACUAUCCUUUAGCUUUUGGAGNCCUUUAUCAUUAUUUUUUCGUUUUUUCUUUAUUCAAAAACAAUAUCCUUUUUAGAUUUAAAAACUAAAGAGAUCAUACUUCUCUAACAUCAAUAUCACUUGAUCAAUAAAAUAUUGAAGAUUUUUAUAUUUUUUAAAAUUCAAUUGCUACCUUUAUAUCUUAAAAUAGAAAUUUAAAAUAAAAACUUUGUGUAAAUAGAGUGAAAGAAAUCUUGAAAAUACCUUGUUUUAAGCAUCAAGGAUAUUAUUUACUAUAAGAGACAACUUAAUAUUUUUUUGAUACCAGAUUGCACUCUCUAUAAGAGCAAUAAAAUUUAGAAAAAAUUUAGAAAUUAAUUCAUAUUAAUAAAGUAAAACAUAACUGUUAUAUAGGAAGAAAAUAACCAGAAUAUCUACUUACAAAAUUGGAUAUCAACUAAUAAAUAAACAAUUAUUUUUUUUAAUUUAGUCAAUAAGAUGCAAUUUUUUUCACUAAGGAACUUAAGGAAAUUUAAUAAAAGAUCCUAGAAAUGCAAACCACUUUAACAAAACUAUUUUAGGAACUUAAAUUAUUUGCUUAUAAAAAGCAAGAUUGAUAAUAAAAAUCAGAGGUGAUUUAUAUUCAGUAUUAAUUUGUUAUAUCAAGAUCAUUAAACUUGACCAAUUAAAGGAAAAUAAUAGUAGUUUGAAUUAAUUAGUUGAUACAAUAAAUCCUUAAGCUAUUGAAAAAAGUGAAUAAAACUUACGUCAGUAUAUACAAGUUUAAUUUAAAAUAAUGGGGCUGAUUUAAAUAAAAAACUUCGUCGUGUUUUAGAUUAGAAACAUAAUCAAGUUAAGGAUUUGAAAGAAGAGAAAUUUCUAUAAUUUAAAAAAUUUGGCUAAUUAUAUCAAAAAAUUUCAGAAUGGCAUUUUAAUUUAAAUAAAUGGAUAAAUACAAAACUAUAGAUAAUGAUUUAAACUAACUUAUUGAAAUCAUAAUAUUUAUCAAAAAUAUAAGAUAAUAUUUAGAUUAAACAGGUAAAAAAUAUCAAAAGCUUAAUUAAUUUAUUAAGGAGCUAUAGAGGGCUUAAAUGCAGAAAUUUUUUUGAGAAAGUAAAUGGUAACAGCAAUUUGUUGUUUUUAUUUAAAUCUAUCAAAGAGCCUAUACUACUUGCAAAUGGGUUAAAGUGGAUGUUAAUUAUAAAUAUUUUCCAAAUGAUUCAUGUUCUUCAUUUUUGUUCUCAUAAACUCAUGAUUAAAUUUAUUCUUUGAAAUAAGAGAGUAAAUAAUACGCCAUCUGCUGUCAUUAGGACUAUCCUUUAGCUUUUGGAGGAGUUCGUGAGACAAGAAUAAAUGCUAAUUUUCAAACUGGCUAUUCUAUCUAGGACAUUCAUAAAAGUGGGAAAAACACUAAAAUGUCCAAAGUGCUCAGUGUUUCGGUUAAGUUCAGCCAAAUAUUCAGGAAUGUUUAGUAUUUGAACUUAUAUUGA